GGGUGGGUGGCUGGUUUGUGCUCGGGCCGCUUUCGCUCACCCGGGGAAAGAGCCCUCAAGAAAAAGUUAUCAAAAACUCAUAUUCUUCACUUUUCUUUUAAAAGCUUGUCUUAAAGAGCACAUCUGAUGAAGAGACAGUGGCGGUUUUCAUCGGAAAUAAUCCACAAAGUUAAGGCAAACCUCGAGCUCAAAUCUGGGAGAGAAAGUGGACGAGGAGAGACCGAUGGAGCGAGAGUUUGGAUACAGAUGCGAACAGGCACGAUGCUAGCUGCUAACUAGCUCCCGAGUUUCCAGUUGGGACAAGAGGAACACUGCUCCUGCUUAAGUUAUACGAUCCCUGCCUUCAAGAGUCCCGCCCCGAGCAAGACCCAAGCCACACCCCCUAGCAACACACAAGCCACGCCCCCUCCACAACCAGCACUGGAUACUUGGGACAUGUUGAACCUCUUUGCCUGAAGUUGAAAUCAUGGAGGGAACCGCAGAGAUGAGCGACAGUGAUUCUGGGAUCAUUCUUCACUCAGGCUCUGACAGUCCGACGUCUCACUCCAAAGACGUGACCACUCACACUCGGGCCAUGAAGCUGAAGCACCAGGCUCUGCAGGAGCGACUAGAGCUGUGUCUGCUGGAGCUCAGGACGCUGUGCAUCAGGGAGGCUGAAUUAACAGGGAAGCUCUCUAAAGAUUACCCACUGAAGCCCGGGGAGAAGCCGCCUCAGAUCCGCAGACGAGUGGGAGCUGCAUUCAAACUGGAUGAGCUCAGCCUCCCUCAGAAAAACGGGGAUUCAAACCUGAGCGCGGUGGACGCAGAGCUGGCUUUGCAGAUGAAGAUUUACGAAGCAGCUCGGCGUCUAUGUGAUGAGGGCUUGAGUAAAGCUGUGAGGAAGAGCAGACUUCAGCAGUGCAAACGAGAAGAGCAGAAACUCAAACAGCUCCAGGAAAAGGCCUUUAAACUAAGACUGGAGCACGGUCGGACCUCGCCUCUGCCUGCACUCAACAUCACUCAACCAGAGCAAGGAACCUCUGAUGACAGCUCCUUGUCUGAUUCUGUAGUACAAGAUGAAGAGGUCGCCAGCCACUCCUCUCAGCUCUUCCCCUCUGAGCCAGAUAUCCUCGUGCGGCUGCCUCGGUCCACUCCCUCCACUCCCAGCUCCUCACUGAACAGCGCCCCCUACACGGUCCCUGCAUCCCUACAGCUGACCCCAUGCCAGUCCCCACGUCCCAGUCUGGACUCCACUCUCAGUUUAAACUCCAGUCUCGCUCUGGAUGACCCCCCACCCAUUGAACACUCACCCUGGUCUGAAUCUAACCUGGAUCAGCCUCUCGAUCCGAAGAAGAAGUCUCGCUCUUCCAGCAAGAAAAGUACCCCUGUGAAGACGGAGCUGUUGCCCCCCCUAGAGGAGUGUCUGCCCCACCUCAAACUGGCACGGUCCCAGUCCAACAGCACCCCCUCCACUCCAGAGAUGAGAGUACACCGCCAGCUCUCACUCAGGUUAUCCGGCCCUGAAUCUCACUACAACCACGAGAAAGAGCGUGGAAGAACCAGAAGUGCUCGCAGACGCCUCACUGAAUAUUCGAUCACUUAUAACGAACCUUCUCCGGCUCCUUCUCCCUCUUUAAUGAAAAUAUCCCAAAGCAACUGUAACCACGCUGGAUCCGAGGACAGCAACUCAGACCACUCCUACUCCUCUUACAACAGCUCGCCUUGUCAUGAAUCCCCUUGCGAUUUACCCAAACAAUACCACUCUAACAUCUACUCCAAUGGAAGCUGCCAACCCCAAAUCUUCCCCCAUGCUAGCUACUAUCACAGUCCAAAACCACAAUCCUCCCCCAAAGCUUAUUAUGAAGACAUGGUCUAUCCAGCUGAAAUGGACAUGGGGAGAAGCUAUUACGCUCAAGCUCCACCUUCAAAUAGAUAUGAAUAUUGGUACAAGGAAGCGCCAGUACAGCAAUACCAAAGAGUACAGAGGACUCCAGAGAUUAGACUGGUCCCACCGCAACCAAUUUGGGAUCAACAUCAUAGUCCAAAUUACAGGGCGGGAGUUUUGCCUAAGCAAGUGGUGAACGAGCAGCUGAAGUCAUGGCAUAGACGUAGCAGUCAGCUUAAAACGCCCAGGUCUCGCUCGCUCGACAGACAGGGGGCAGUACGGUUCAAAAACACCCCCUCACCGAUGGCAAGAGAGGCAAACUUGUACCCGACGCCCAAGUAUCAAGAGCAGGUAAUUCCAAGAAGACCUCAGAGACCUUUAGACGACACUUCUGGACACUGGAUGGUUGAUGAUGGCACUCACUACAUUAGUCAAGUUUAAAAUUAAGAAAACUCUAAAAGCUCCUUUGUUACACAUUUAAUCACUUGGGCUGCCUCCUCCUCACGUGUUGUUUGGACAUUUUGUACUUUAAAAUUUCAACAUUAACAACACUACCACUGUUGAAGUUUACCAAAGGUUCAGUUGACCAGACCAUAAUGUUGCUGUUUUUUGUCCAUAUCUUCUGUCUAAAUCAUGAAAUCCAGAUAUAAUUAUGUUUAUGAAAAAAACAGGGUUAUUAUGUGUAGAACAAUCAGUUUGACGUGUUUUUGAAUACAUGCAAAUCACUGGGGGAAUAGGGUUGGGAAGCACAGGGUACCUCAUGAUUAGACUUGGUAUGAGAUGCAGGUAAUUCAAGAUUUGAUAAUCCAUACAUAAUUGCAGCCUCACUAAAGAAACUAUUUCAAUGUAUUAUUUUGUCACAGGCCUCAUGUAAAAGUUGAAAAAAUGUAAAGGUGUACUAAUUAACUGUUCUGGUGCUUGUUUCCAUGGAAAUAUUUGCUUUACCUAGAAUGUUCCAUGAUACCGGUACAUGUUAAAUGUAAAUGUUCAGGUUUUUAUAUAGCGCUUUCCCCCCUUCGAAGCAUUCAAAGCGCUUAACAUCAAGGAUACUACUAGUGCCUUGGAUAGAGUUUGACUUAUCCUUCUUCAGUUUAUCCGAAUACUGUUUAACCUCAAAAAUGUGCAUUCUUACUGUGAGUGGACUCGCCUCUCCACAGAUCUGACACAUAAUUCGGCCUGUUUAAUACCAUACUGUGGAACAUUUAGGCAAAGCAAUGACGUAUUCACUGAGACAAGCAGCUGACGGACCCUUGACUUGAGAAGUUACAUAGUGCUCCUUUAAUAUUUAAGUAAUCUGCACAAACCGGUUCCAAGGACAACAUUUUACAACUGCCAACAACUGUUACAGCAUCUUAUAUUUUAAAGAAAAAGCAAAUUAACUCAAAUGUGAUACAAUUGACAGGUUUAAUUAGCCAAAACAUAUUCACUGCAUUUUCUGAUUAUGUUUGUUGAAUGAAGGACAUAAAUGUGUAAAAUAUUUGUUAUAAUCUUUUUAGAUGACUCUGAACCACUAGAAACUACCUGCUUGAAUCUCAUAUCAUUAUGUACUAAACUGAAUUAACUUGAAACAUAUAUUGGUCUAAUCAUUUAAUUCAAAUAGAGAUAACUUAACCAAACCAAAUUAUCCUAAAAGUAGCAGAAAGGCAAUGUUAAAAUGCUUGGCAGCUAAUACAAGUGUUAUUACCUUACUGUCAUUGAUAAGUAAAUUGUUAAAAUUGUUUUGUGCACUGAUGCAUUAACACUAGACAACCACUAACAUGUUUUGGGCCAAAUUACUAUGAUUUUCCUGUGAUAAAAAUGUAUAAAUUGUUUUGUAAUCACUGCCAUUAUUUUUGGUCAUGUAUUGCAUUUGAUGGUACCUCCUUAUAAUGAGAUUUAGCCACUACUUAUUGUGCCUAUUUAUUGUGGAAAUCUGUGGAAGCCAAGGUUGAAUUUAAACAAAA